UUGACAUAAACUGAAUGAAAUCUCAGAACAGGAAGAAAAAUGGUGGCUUAUGGUUUGUGAAACACUUAUGCUGAAGUGGUAGAAAUACAAAAUUAAAAUGUUUUAAGUGUUAUUAUUAGUUAAAAUUAUGGUAAAAUGUCGACUCCUGCAUCGGAACGAAAGUAUGGAGCUCAAAAGAUUCGCCUCACAAUUGUUUGUGCAAGGAAUUUGGCGAGGAGAGAUCUCUUUCGAAUGCCAGAUCCGUUUGCUAAAAUAUCAGUCAAUGGAAGUGCUCAGGUAUACACAACAAAUGCUGUGAAAGCAACCCUGGAUCCAAAAUGGAAUACACACUAUGAUUUGUAUCUCACUAAAGCAGAUGGAAUUACAAUCAGUGUAUGGAACCAGAGGAAAGUGCAGAAACGACAAGGAUCUGGGUUCCUCGGCUGUGUCCGCAUCCAGCCGUCAACAGUGCACAAGUUAAAGGACACUGGUUAUCAAUGUCUCGAACUGUGCGAAGAUGGAUCUGGCGAGACAUGUGGUGUCCGAGGUCAAGUGAUAGUGUCCCUAAUGUCCCGAGACGGGACAAGGGGCGAGCCCGCCUCAGCUGCGGGCGAGGGCUCUCCACUAGCGGUAGUCGGCCCAGCGGGAGAUGUCAGAGCUCCAAGGGAACCUGCAGCACACAACACACAGAAGCCGUUGCCACAACAUUGGGAGGAGAGGUUCACGGCUAGCGGCAGGGCGUACUACGUGAACCACGCCCUCCGCCUGACGCAAUGGGAGCGGCCCGCGCCCGACCCGCGCGCGCCGCAGUCCCCCGCCUCCCCCGCCCCCGCCCCCGGCCCCGGCUCGCCCCUCACCCCCGCGACGCCCCUCACGUCCCCGCUGGCGUCGCCCCUGACACCCGCCGCCUCCCCGGCCACCUCGCCUACGUCGGACACCGAUGUCAACAAUGCGACCUCUGUAUCCAUGAGGCCCGAACCGCAGCCGCAGACUGCGACACGCAGGCCGCCGCCCGCGCCCGCGAGCUCCGCUCCGACGUCUCCGUCUACACCUGCAAUACCCGUGGCCGCCGAUUUACCUCCGGGAUACGAAAUGCGCACAACAGCCCAAGGGCAAGUGUACUUCUACAACAGCGGCACGGGCGCGUCGACGUGGCACGACCCGCGCGUGCCCUCGCACCUGCGCCACUGCGCCGUGGCGGCGGGCCCGCUGCCGCCCGGCUGGGAGAUGCGGCACGCGCCCUCCGGCCGCGCGUACUUCGUGGACCACAACAACAAGACCACGCAGUUCACCGACCCGAGGCUCGCGCUGUCCGCCAGGCCGCCGGCACCGGCGCCCGAGCCCCUGGCGGCGCCGGCCGCGGGCGCGCCUCCGGGCGAGGCGGGCGACGAGCUGCCGCGCUACAAGCGCGACCUGGCCGCCAAGGCGCGCGUGCUGCGCGCCGAGCUGCAGGCGCUGCAGCCGCAGACCGGGCACUGCCGGAUAGAGGUUUCACGCACUCAAGUCCUCGAAGAAUCUUACCGAUUGGUAAUGAAGCUCAGAGGCAAGGAGCUCCGCAAACGGCUGCUAGUGAAGUUCCGAGACGAAGAGGGCCUGGACUACGGUGGUGUAGCCAGAGAGUGGCUCCACUUGUUGGGAGGAGAGCUGUUUAACCCCCACUACGGACUGUUCCAGUAUGCUAACGCGGGCGAUGACCGAUACGCAUUGCAAAUAAAUGCUGAUUCUGGGGUGAAUCCCGAGCAUCUCUCCUAUUUCCACUUCGCUGGCCGCAUCCUCGGCGUAGCUCUGUUCCAUGGCCACCAGCUCGACGCGGCCUUCACGGCGCCCUUCUACAAGCAGCUCCUCGGCCGGCCCAUCACCCUCCGCGACAUCCGGGACGUGGACCCGGAGCUACAUCGCUCGCUGUCUUGGAUGCUGGAGAACAGCAUCGCAGGCGUUAUAGACACAACGUUCUCCGUGGAGUGCUCGUCGUUCGGCGCCGUGCGCAGCGUGGAGCUGCGGGCGGGCGGCGCCGCGGAGGCCGUGACGGACGCCAACAAGCGCGAGUACGUGCGCCUGUACGUGGCGCACCGCUUCACGCGCGGCGCCGAGCGCCAGUGGCUGGCGCUGCAGCGCGGGCUGGCCGACGUGGUGCCGCCGCAGCUGCUGCGGCCGCUGUCGCCGCGCGACCUGCAGCCGCUGCUGGCCGGCCGCGCCGACCUCGACCCGGCCGACUGGCGCCGCCACACGCGCCUCAAGCACGUGGCCGCCGACGCGCCCAUCGUGGCCUGGUUCUGGGAGGUGGUGGAGCAGUUCGACGCCGAGAUGCGCGCGCGCCUGCUCCAGUUCGUGACCGGCUCGCGGCGCGUCCCGCUGGCCGGCUUCCGCGCGCUGCAGGGCUCCACGGGCGCCGCGGCGCCGCGCCUCUUCACGCUGCACCUGGUGGCCGACGCCUCGCCCGACUCGCUGCCCAAGGCCCACACGUGCUUCAACCGCCUCGAUCUCCCGCCCUACCCUACGAAGGAGAAGCUUCACGAUAAGUUGAAGCAGGCCGUUUUGGAGACGGCCGGUUUUGCUGUCGAGUGACGGCGCAAGCGAUAUUAUUAGUGGCUUGUAUAUAUCGCCGACUCUAUAAUGAGUCGGGCCCGGGAAAGGCAACGUUAGUGCGGCAGGCGCUCACGUCGUGAAACACUUUAGUGUUGAAGUGCGGAUAUUGUGAGCGCCCGCCGCACUGACAUCCCUUAUAUUCUUAAAAACGACACAUUAUUGUAGCCUCUCGAGUCCUAAGCUGUUGCGACUAGUCUGAGUUGUGUUGAAUAGAGGAUGAGACUGACUGAAUUUCUAAAUUAGUAAACAUGACAAAGAUGAUAUUCCCAUAAAUUAGAUUAUUAUUAUACAAAUUUGGGAUCGAAAAAAAUAUGGAUAGUUUACAAUUGUUACAGAUUACCCUAAGCUUCUCAUGUGUAAAUUUCGAAUAAUUUUUGCUACAAACUAACCGCGACGUAUAUUUAUUUGCUUUUUGGCCUUGUGAUAAAGUCUGUACUUUGACAUUUGUACAUUUUUACCAUCUUUUCAAAAUGGCGGACAUGUAAGGAUUGGCUUUUUACCUUUUGUUAUAAAAAGUCUUGGUGGUCACUUAUGAUUAUGACAAGAAGGAAAAAGACAUAUUCAAGACAACUGAGUUAGUGCUUUAAUUUUAUAGAUUUACUACUAUAGGUACUCAAUAUUAUUUUGCUUAUUUCUGUUAUGAUUUUUUUUAGAUUAAUUUAGUCUAAAUUUUAUACCCAGUAGGUGUCGGUUGCACAAAUUAUAACAUGUGAGUAUAUUAGAGUCAGACCAAGGUAAGUUGGCAGCGAUUUUGACAGCCCAGACAGUGCAUGUGUUAUUUUAAACGUCAAACUUCUAUGAAAUUAUGACGUUUACUUAACACUUGCACAGGCUGGGCUAUCAAAAUCGUUGCCAACUUAGCUUGGUCUGUCUCUAACUGACGAGAAACUUUCAUUUCAAUAAUUGAUUAUGCUCAAAAUCAGUGUAUUAUCAUAAGUUGUAUUGCCAUAUGUGAAUGAGAAACAUUGUGUUUUUCUAGCGAGUGGGCUUCCACGUGCUUUUAUUGACUUUCCGUUAUUGUAAAUGUAGAAUAAAUAACCGCACAACGUAAUAUAGUUUUAUGUACGAUUUAUUUAUUUAUGUAUUCUAUGUUAUGUUUACAAUUCUAUUGACUAAGUAGCCCCUGCUGAUAUGUACAAAGAUGUGUGAAUUACUAAGUACCUAUGUAUUUUUGUAAACUAUAUUAUGUAUCAUAUUUACAAGCCAGUACAAAUGUAACGACGCGUCUAUAGUAAUUUAAUUGUGUUCAUUCAUUGCCAGGUAUUUAUGCUGAAGCUCUGCUGAUGCCUUGAUUUAGAACACAAAUCUUAAACGAACUUAAGGGCGCGCUUACACUAGGUCUUCUAUUAUCAACAAGCAUGUUUUUGCCCAUUGAAAGCGACAGUCGACCUAAUGUAAAUACGAUCUUAUUUUCAAAUGACGGCAACAAAAUUUUGUCAAUUAUUUUAACACAAUGAUUAUUCGAGUAUAUUUAUACAAUUCGCAUAUUUGUAAAUAUUUAGAGGUAACGUUGUCAAGGAUCAGUGCCUUUAACUUAAGAAGCUUAAGAAAAUAUAGUGUUUACUUUUAAAUUGAUAUGAAAUGAUUUAUUAUUAGUAUUUAAAAGCAUAUUAUUAAAGUAUUUUUGCACAAUAA